GGAAUGGCUGUGUCUGAACUGCCAGACACAAAGGGCUUUGUUGGGACAGCUGGGAGACUCCGGAAAAAUGCCCCAGCCUUCACCUAUAUCUGCCAAGCCAGAGAUCCAGGCAACACCUGCAACAAAAGAGGCAGAGCCCAAAAUUGCCCCUACAAAGGCAGAGCCCACACCUGCGGCCACAAAAUCACAGCCCACACCUGCCCCCAUCAAGGCAGUACCAACAGUUCCAAGCCCCAAGAUGGAACCUGCAUCUGUAAAGGUGGAAACCACGCCUACAGCAGCUGCCACACAAAUCGAAACCACACUCAUACCAACAACAGCACAGGUCUCACCUGUUACAGAAGAAAAACAACCUCAAGCAGCACCCUCAGCAGAACCCACUAUACCCACUAUGGCCCCUGUGAAAGAGACAGUAGUACCAUCAAAGGUUAAAGUGCCAAACACAGAUGUUACCAAAACUGUAACAAUGGAAACCAAAGAAGAGGCAGUGAAAAAGGAGCUCAAUAUAACAAAAUUUCCCACAGCUGAAGAGUCGAAACCUGACCUUCCAAAAGUCAAAUUUGAAGCAGGUGUAGCUGCAGCUUCCUCUUUCCCAGUGACAGAGGCUACAGUUGUACCAACCUCCACUAUUCCUACAGAGAGUGCUCUGGGUGGAGAUGUUUCAGGGACUGAAACAAAGCCAGGAUUGUCUGCCACCAAGAGGACUGUUAAAGAAGUAGAGCCUGAUGAUCAUAUCAAAUUGACAGAACCAACAAAAUCUUCACAGCAAGUUGAGGUGCAACCAAAGACACAAGAAACACCACUGCCAUUGAAGAUAGAAUCAGUGAUAGAAGAAGACAGCAAGGAAGUGGCAGAUAACUUGGUUGAAAAGAUUACUGAUGUCACCUCAACUCCAGAGACACAACCAGUAUCUACAAAGAGCAUCAUCAUAAAAGACCAAGAUGAGACCAAAAAAGAGCCGGUGAAGGAAAGAAAGGUUUCCCUACCAACUGGGCAGAUUUUGCCUGUGACAGCUACUAAGCCUAAAUCCAAAGGAGAGGAGCAUGAUGAAGAUCAACCCCAGAUUUUACCUAUAUCACAGGAAUUAAAGGAUGGGCAGGUGGUUAGCGAUACAUGGAAAAAUGAUAUAAAUACAGAACCAUCCAUGCCAGUAAAAGAGGAAGUUAAAGCUGAGAGAAGGCGCUUAAGUUUCCAAGCAAUGAAUGAGAGCAGUGAAAGUGAGCUCACACUUUCACCCACACCCUCACCUAAAGUCCAGAGGAGGAGGCUUAAGGUGACAAAUGUUUCAUCCAGCAGUGAGGACAUCAAAACUGAAAGCGCUGACUCCUCUGUUGAAGAUGAAGAGUUUAUUCGCAAGCAGAUAAUGGGUAUGGGUGAUGAAGAAGAAAUGUCUCUUUCAGAAGAUGAAAAAGAAAAUGAUUUGACAAAUGAGAAAGCUAUCAAGGAGGCUGAGCUUGAUAAUGCUUCAGUGACAGCCAUAUCACUGUCUAGAAAAGGUAGCACAGAUAAUGAGGACAGUCCAGCUAGGAAAAUAGCCCUCCCAAAAACUGGCAUUUCAACUGCCCAAGAUGUUCCUGAAACAAUGCCCAGCACUACCUUCAAGAAAGCCAUUCCAGUCAUGAGACAGAGGCAAAGUACUGAUGAAGAAGUAGAGAGCAUCACAGAAUCCCUGUCAAAGGGAUCAUCUAGUGUUCAGGCAUCUAGCUUUACUCCAGGGUCUUCACCUACAUCAGCCUCAUCUCUGGAGGAGGACAGUGAUAGCAGCCCCAGUCACAGGAAAGUCAGUGGGGACAAACAGCAUCGCAAAGGUAAGCACAGGCAGCCAACUCAGCCUCUCCCAACUAUUGAGGACUCCUCUGAGGAAGAGAAGAUGAGGGAUGACGAGAAGUCUAGGAAAGAUAAAGAUGAACUUAGGUCCCAUCCACUGUCUCCAUCUGAAGCGGUUUCCUCCACUGAGGACCUGAGACAGGUCACUGUAAUGGAUGAAACCAAUAGAACAUCUGGCUCUGAGUACUCUGCCAGUAUAGAAUCAGAAGCAGAGGGUAGGCGAGCUGUACAGAGAGGACGUAAGCCUUCACCAACAGUGAUACCAUACACUCCUACUGAUCUUUUUAAAGAGAAAGAUACUGUUACAAAAGCAUUGAAGAGUGCUGAAGAAGCAUAUGAGGAAAUUAUUCAGAAGACAAAAACUAUACCGGGGGAGAGUCCUCCUGAUAUUGAGCCACUCUACGGAGGAAUGGCAAUUGAGGACUAUCUUUACGAAUCCUUAGUUGAGGAGCCUGAAAUUAAGAUGAGUGAAUCUCAAGAGGAAGAACCUAAACAGAUUGCUAGCUCUGAAUCUCUCAAAAAACUCAGGUCACCGGAGGAGGUUUAUGAGGAGAUGAUGCAGAAAAAGAGAGAACUGAUGAUGAUAGAGCAAGAGUUUCAGCAGGCCCAGACUGCGAUGGAAUCUUCAUCACCAGAAGCUUCAGUCACUGAGCCUCCUUUGGUUGCUGAGACCUGUGUGGUAACCAUACCCACAGAUGAGACAUUCUUCACUGGACAAACUGAUAUGCCUCUUAUAGAUACUGAAACUUUAAGCGAAGUGACAGUAAAGAAAAAGAAACGGCCAGCUCCACCACGGCCCUCUGAGCCCCUAAGCGCCCUGAGAGCCAAAACCUAUUCCAACUCCAAUAUCAGCCCCAGAACUCACCACUACACCUUCCCCUGUAUCACCUAUGUCACCUCCAACUUCACCAGCCACUCCAGAUUCCAGUUUGGCUUCAAAUGCUACAUCCUCAACCUCAUUCCAGGCUCAAACACCUCUUUCAUCAGAUUCAACUCCACUGUCUACACCAACACCACCACCUUCUUUUGUAACCCAAACACCUCCAGAG